AUGGACACAAACUGUAAAACUGAUUUAGUUGUCAACAACCUUAGUGAGGUUUUCAACAACUUCAUCAUAGGAGUCAAGGACAAACCAAUUGUUACAAUGAUAGAUGGGAUAAGAACAAAUCUGAUGGCUAGGUUUGAAGCAAAAAGAAUGGGCAUCCAGAAAGCAAAGUGGGAGAUAAUCCCAACAUAUGCAGAGAAACUUGAGUGGGAGAAAAAGAAUGCAAACAAUUGUAGGCCUACUACAAGGACUUCACCUGCAGAUGUUCCUGCAUCUAGCGGUACUGCACCUACAACUGCAGCUGCACCUGCUACAAGAACUUCUCCAAGAAUGGCAGCAAGAAGGGCUGCUACAGCACCUGCCUCUACGCCUGCUGCUUCUAUGCCACCUGGUGCUGCAGCUGCUUCUAUGCCACCUGGUGCUGCACCUGCUGCCAGACCAGCAAGAAGAUUCAAGCCUCCAAGGCCCUCCUCAAAUGCACUAGCAUCAUCAGCUCCUCCUCCUGCAGCUGCACCAACAUCAUCAGCCCCUCCUGAAGCUGCACCUACUGCCAGACCAGCAAGGAGAAAUGCAGGGAGGAUGCCAGCAAGAUUCAUGGAGAAUGCUGAAGUUGGGCAGAGUUCAAGGAGGAAGUAUACACCAGUCAGAGGAAGUGGGAGAGGAGGUUUACCCAAGAGGAGCAGAAUCAUGGAGUACUUCACUUGCUCAAGGCCAGAAAAUGCCAAGGAGUGA